AUGACAACCCCUCCACUGCUUCAUCCGAUCCUGAAUGUCUGGAAAGCCCCACCGGUGAUUUUCUCUAUAUAUCGGACCACCUGCGGAGACAUUUCCUCAGGGCCUCUUGCUCUGUGUCCUCGAUUAGCAGCUCCGAGUUACCUGAAGUCUCCAAGAGCUUAUUUUAAACGUGUGCCCUUCCACGCGUCAUCGUUGUACAAGCACACGCUGCCUCGAAGCACGUCCCCCACCACCACCUUACCCGCAGGCGUGCUAUCAUACCUGCAAAUCCAGCAAAGUGUCGAUUAUCAAGACAUAUACCAAGACAUCUACUCUGAAGACGAGCUCUCCAUGCUUCUAGCUCGUCAGCUGAACUUCAACAAUCCGUUACCAGCACAACCGGAGCAAGUCCCAGAACCCGUGGCCGUCGCAGCGCCACAACCAGUCCAGGCUCCCAAGAUAGUCUACAUCUCCCAGCACUACAACCACUCGGCAGCCCACCUGGCCAAACAAAAGGAGCAACAGCAACAACAACAAGAAACCCCAGCCCGACCCUCCUCGGAGCCCCCCCAAAGCGAACACGCGGCCAUCGAGCGUGUCCUCCGCGAAUACUCGGUCGAUUCAACCAACCUCUCCCCCGCCCAGUUCCACCUCUUCAAAACCGUCGACGACCCCCAACGCAUGCACUUGAUCGAACUCUGGCGCGCCUGCCCCCCCACCCCCCCAACACCCCUCAGAUACUACAACUCCACCACCUCCCUAGACCAGGAAGAAGCACUCGCUCGAAUGCGCUGGGAGCAGGCCCAGCAAGACGAAAUGGAAGCCGAACUCCAGGCUCAGCUCGAGCACGAGUACCAGAUCCAAAUGGAGGAGCAGCAACGACAGCAACAACAAGGGCAGCGACAGCAGGAAAUGAUCAUCUCGUUGGAUGGGACCCCCUUGACGCCAGUUCAGGUGGGAGAUGGUAGGUGGAUCCAGACGACGGCAGAGUAUGGGGAUAUGGAACCUUACAUGGCGACUGGGUAUCAGGAGGAGCUGGCGAGACGGGGUGUCAUCGGUACUGGGACGGGUGGUAGUAGCGAGGCUAAGAGGGCGACGGACCCGGUGUACAAGUCCGUCGGGGUGGACUGGGCGUCAAUUCGGAGGAGGGAGGAGGAGUACCAGAUGAGCAUGUCGGAGCAGUAUGGGAGGUUGAUGCUGGCUAGGGGGGUGGAGGAUGAGGAGGAUGAGGAGAUGUUGUGA